AUGGAGGUCUUUGGUAAAUCCAUGAUUUCUGGGCCUGCCAAUGUUGUUUACCUCUCUACUAUUCUCGGACGUGAUGGUCCAAUUCCUGUCCACAAAUGUGACUGGAAGUGUGAGAAUGAGCAUGUCUUUGGCAACAUGUACCGCUGCAGGCUCACUGGUCUUACUCACAUCUGUGACAAGAACUGUAACCAGAGAAUUUUGUAUGACAACCAUUCUUCCCUUUGCCGGGCAAGUGGCCAGAUUUUCCCCUUUUCCCCAGCUGAGGAGCAGGCUGUCAGAGGAGUUCGCAGGAAGCUCGACACGGAGAAUAGUAAUAUCCCCUCUGAUAGCUGCUCUUUAAAGCGCAGGCGUGAUGCAAAGUUUCAUCCUUCUCCUUUCGAGAGAUCUUUCUCUGCUGGGAGAAAAGAGGGGGGACAGGAGCGUGACUUUGUAUCAUCUGUCUGUAAUAUGUUCUAUGCUAUUGAUUGCAAAAGGAGGGAAUCGCUUUGGCAUGAGGCCAUCAAAAUAAAAGAAAAACUAAUCCCAGAAAAGCGAAAUUGCGGCUCAGGGUUCUGCAAAGCAACGUAA